AUGAAUCUCUUCUCUUCCGUGUUCAGCUAUUUGCUACUGCACUUGUUUGCUUUCUGCUUGCAGGCACAGGUAACUGUUCAGUCCCCACCUAAUUUUACACAGCAUGUGAGGGAGCAGAGCCUGGUGACCGACCAACUAAGCCGGAGACUCGUCCGGACCUAUCAGCUAUACAGUCGAACCAGCGGGAAGCAUGUUCAAAUCCUGGACAACAAGAAAAUCAAUGCUAUGGCGGAAGAUGGAGAUGCUCAUGCUAAGCUCAUUGUGGAGACUGAUACUUUUGGGAGCAGAGUAAGAAUCAAGGGAGCAGAGACAGGCUUCUAUAUUUGCAUGAACAAAAAAGGAAAGCUGAUUGGCAAGAGCAAUGGCAAAGGCAAGGAUUGUGUCUUCACUGAGAUUGUGCUGGAGAACAACUACACAGCAUUACAAAAUGCAAAAUACGAAGGAUGGUACAUGGCCUUCACCCGGAAGGGGCGUCCCCGCAAAGGCUCCAAGACUCGUCAGCAUCAGCGUGAGGUGCACUUCAUGAAGCGGCUGCCCAAAGGCCACCAAACAACAGAGCCUCAUAGACGCUUCGAAUUUCUUAAUUAUCCUUUCAAUCGAAGGAGCAAAAGGACUCGAAACUCCAGCCCAAAGCCAUCGCCCUGACCUGCCUCACCUUCUACCGCUUAUGACCACUUUCCUUUGCUGGAGGACAUUGUCCAGAGACUCAGUUGAUAGACAAUAACUAGAGACUUACCUAUGACGAUGACUAUAAAAGAGGAUUGGAAGAAGAGGGGGAACAAAACUUGAUUUAGUUGUUUAUAAUUGUUCUGUGUUUUUUUAAAAAACAAAAGAGGCUCUAUUUUUGUAUUCCAGCUUUAAUGCUUUUUAAAGAAAAAGCAGUAUAAUGUUUAAAUACUCAUGGAAGGUUGCUCUUCACUUAGGAAGAUUUUGAGUUCUUUGGGAGGGGCCAUGCAUUAUGUUUUGUUAGAUUGGUUUUUAACAUGGGGUAGGAUAAGUAGGAGGUAGUUGAUCUAGGCAUAAGCAUAGAACAUACCCUCUUCAAUAAAAUCAUACACUUGGGACCAAAUUUCUACCUCAGAUAAGUUACUUAAGAGGAUGGAGUCCAUCCCCAAUUCUUUGUGUUAGGGACUUAUUUUGGUGUGCUUUUUUGCACACAUGUGAAAUGUCUCUAAUAUUUGUAGAUGGUGGUCUUCCUUGGAGUCAAAUUUGUUUAAAUAAGUCUUUUAGGUCCUACCCAGAUGGGACACGGUCGUUGUUUUCAUUUUUGUGUAAUAGAGAAGAGAUGAUGAAAACAUAAUGACUGUCCUUGCUGGAGGAGAUGCUAAGGGCAUGGUUUGCUUUGUUCUUUCAAUGCUAAUCAUUUUUCCAAAGGUCUGGAUUUAUUGUCCUGUCAAUAAAGUGGCGAUAAGUUAAAAAUGAUAUUUCACCUAUUACACCACCAUUUCUAAGGAUAUUCCAU